GCCCCACCAUCUGCGCAAUGUCACCGAUCUGCGCAGACGAAUGUGUAAAUAAAAACAUGUAUAAACACAUAACACAUUUAAUUAUUGGCAAAAAUUAGAGUAGUGUAUAAAUAGCCUUGUAACAACCGUUUCGAUAAUUAACGUAAUUAUGUGGAAAGUAAUUUGGUGAAAUUUGCAACAAAUGUCGCCGUGAAGAAGGAUACUUACCAAACUUUAUAGCCUAGUCUUUUCAAUUUUUGUUCCUCAAGAAGAUGGAUUCGAAAACUGUACCUUUUCUUCUAGUCACCGCGAAUGUGGGAUCAAUUUUUGAAGAUCCUGAACAAAUGCUUAAGUUAUGGGCUGACGAAUUUCUAGCCACCGUCUCUCGAUUAGAUCCAAAAUUUAUAGCAUUACAUUGUCAGGAGGUUGGCGGCAAAAACUACGAGAAGAGUAUGAAGCAUGUUCAAGAUUUUAUUAAUUUAUUAACGUCUAAUAACGAAUUAAGGUUAUUUGAUAAGAGUAGAAUAUUUUUGGAUGAAGAUUAUAGUUCGGCUGAAAACUUUACUGCUUUGGGGAAUUUGUACUUUAUACACGAAUCAAUAAAGGACGUCUUAAUUUGGGAUUUUAAAGAUAUGAAAUUUGCUCCCGUAGAAGGAAAGGAGCUACAUACGGGUAACAUCGAAACUGUUGUUACGAAGGAAAAGGCCAAGUUCCCCCAAGAUUUUUUUCCGGAGUGUAAAUGGUCUAGAAAAGGCUUUAUGAGGACACGUUGGUCCCUACAGGGUACAGUUUUCGAUAUGAUCAACAUCCACUUAUUUCAUGACGCUUCUAACUUCAUCGCCAUGGAAGAGUAUCCAUCGGUUUAUUGUAAAAAUCGUAGAAGAGCCCUCGAGCAUACCCUCCAAAGAUUUCACAAUGAUUCCUAUGGCCGUGCACCGUAUUUUUUAUUCGGCGACUUUAAUUUUAGGACCGAUACUGAUGGUGUAAUUAAGAAAUUAACUGAAGGUCUAACAACAACACGAAUACAGAAUAAUAAAAAUGGAGACUUUACAAAGUUACAGUACACCGAUGACGAUAGUCAGUUGAUUUUGACGGUUGGAAAGAAGGAGUUCAGGCAUUCUGAUCAUCAGACCGUUUUUCUACAAAAUACAGAUACUUGGCUGAAACAAUUUGAUAAGGAAGCUGAAGCAUUUGAAAAUUAUGUGACAGAGUUCGAUGUUGGGUUUCCACCGUCGUAUCCUUUUGAAGAAAACGUUUCUGAGGGCGCCAAUUACAUGGUUACGAGGUGUCCUUCUUGGUGUGAUAGAGUAUUACUAAGUCAUUCUGCGAAACAUUUAGUUAAUGAAAAGGGGUUUAUUGAAUACGGCCUUAUAGGAAGAAGUACUUGCAUGGGAGAUCAUAAGCCGGUAUAUCUUCGCAUAGACCUAAAAGGGAAUGCAGGUACUAUUAAAUGUUGCUCGCACGCACCUUAUGAUUGCUUGCCUGUAUUAUGCCACUGUUGCCAAUUAUAUGCUUCUGUUACCAUUAACGUUACUGAUAUGAGUGAUUAUUUACUUAAUACUAGGAAAAGUUUUGAUAAUAUAACAGUAGACUCGAACUUUUUGCAUGAACCGAUCACUAGAGAAAUGUUAUUGCACGAUCCGUACACUCCGGAAAGUGUCGAUUCGCAUUCGCCCGGCAUCGAGAAGGCGGAGCUGGUCGAGGAGCCGAUCAAAAUCGAACGAAAUUCUGUAUCGCCCCACGAGCUCAAAACAAAGCUGGAAGAUAUACUGAGGAUAGAGAAUGCGAAGUCCCGAAAGUUUCUAAUGCGAAGGUCGGCAUCGCAAAAUAUCAUAAAGUGCAGUAGUCCCAAACACGAAUUCCGCGAUCGCGCCAUGAGCGAUCUACCUCAAUCUUUUAAGGCAAAGUUAAAGUCCGAAACGAGCGCGAGCUCGUCGAAUCGAUUGCAAAGUCAUCACAGUUCGAGUGACGAAGACUGGUUUGAGUUUGAUGAGAUCUUGGAAUGUAAGGAAAAUUACGAGCAGGACGAUACAGUUUUUAUUAAUAGGCUCGAAGCUAAAGAAAGUGAUAAUGAUUCUAGUUUACAUAAUAAAAUAAAACAUUGUACACGAACAGAAAAACGUAUAAAAAGUAAAAGCAUGAAGGAUAAGUUUGCUUGUUGUUGUGUUUUGUGAUGGUUUCAACUUUUUAAGUUUCUGUAAUAUAGUUUUGUAAUUUAGUUUACUUUAAAUUAUUACGAUUGUAUGGGUGAAAUGGGGAACUUAAGAGUAUUACUUAAUGUUUAUUACGAGAUGGUAACACUGAAUCUCUUUAAAUGUAACAAUUCAAUAUUGCAUUAUAUUACCAGGGCAGGUGGUUUAUGAAUUAAGGUUUUCACUUCUCAACAUAAAUUCUCAUAGUAAAUUUUGAAGUGAUAAUUGAUGCGGUUAAAUAGUAUUAACUUUUAACAUUCCUUAGCACAUUCAACCGUCAUAUCAGUGACGAGGACCAAUUUAUUAUUAUUUUUGCAGAUUUAUUUCUAUUUGCUUCAAGCGCUUAUUAACGCCUUUAAUAAAUUUAAUUUCAAUACCAAUUUUAUUUUGCAGGUGGUAAAUUGAAGGGGUUUUGUAAAUAUAUUAGAAGGAAGCUGAGAUGCAUUUGUUCAGGUGUAGCCAAAUGAAUAUAUGUAAUUUUUGAAAUUUUACAAUUACUAAAAUACGUACUAAGUUUAUUGUUACGAAUAUUCAGUUCCUUAGCCUGAGCUUAUCAAAGUUUUUAGCCUUUUUUUUUAUACCAUUAUAUAUACAGGAUGAUUCAAACCCUUUGACUUUUGGCUGGAGGGAUUGUUAAUGGCGAUUUAUUACUUUUUUUAUGGUGUUCUGUUGAAAUGAACUUUUGACAUGUAACAAUGAGUAGAUUUAGAACUACUUUUAAAAUAUUCUGACCUCAACUUAGCAUUCCCCAAUUGUCUCCAUUAAAUUAUGACAUGUUCUAACAUUAAUCUCAAAAUUAAGAUUCUUACCUAUCAGUUCGUGUAUGAACAUAUUACAAAGACCAUACCAUUAUUUUGAAAUCUUAUUCCAAAUACCUUCUGGUGCAUAUGGGUCAACAAUAAAGUGUAUGUAAUUUUAAAAUGCGUGUGGAGAAGAACUUGCCUAUUAAUACUCCAAAUCUUCAAUUUUUCUUGACUUCUCAAAAAGUCAUACUGAAGGGAGCAGCACCCUAACCUCAGUCUACUUAGCAAACCACAGAAAUCUGGUGACUGCAAAGUUGCCACUGUUAGCUUAAUGACCAAAAGUCAAAAUUUGAAUUGAGAAAAAUUGCAGCCUGCACGAAUAAAUAGUCUCAAGAGAUAGUCCGAGUUCUACUUUACUUGACCUCGUUCUUUGGUAAAUUAUUUAUAAAUAUCUUCACAUUAUUGAACAUGCAGUAACAGUACUCUGUGGGCCUAAUUACAGCUGUGUACAUUACACCGUUACAACCCAAUAUCACUUCUUAAAUACUUAAGUUCCUCAUCUAAAUUGCUGUAGAUGCUAGAAUGCCAUGAGCAAACAUCCGUAGAAAAUGUUAAACCGGCUAGUGUACCUUUAGUUUGUUAGUUAUUUUAGUAACAGAGCAAUUACUAAUUUAUGCAUGUUUUUAAUACGUAAUUAUCAUACGUACCACUGUUUCUAAUGGUAGAAGAAUGACUGAUUUACUAGUUACUACUAUUUCUUUUCAAUAGAAGAAUCCGUCACUAACGCAAUGAACAAUUUGAAUACCUUGGAAAAUAAAGCACCAAUACAGGAAGAUUUGAUAACUCCAAAUGCUAUAUCGCGUUACAUUUGUAUUCGGAAUAUUAACGAUCCUAUUAAAAUAUUCAGAG